AUGUCAAAACAGACAGAAGAAUGUUCAGGAUCAAGACGGGAUGGCGGGAAUUUUUGGUUUAAAAUGAAGAAAGACCAACUCUUUAGAAGUAAAUUCAUACUGAAACUAGCAUACAUCGCCUCCUUUCUAACACUUGGAUGGAGAGAGGGACAGUUUGGACCUACGUUUCCAGAUCUGCUAAAUAUCACAAACACAACACUAGAGAGAGGCUCCCUAUUCUUCACCAUGAACUCUGUGGGUUAUCUCCUGGGGUCGAUGCUGAUUGGUUUUCUGUUUGACAAGCGUCUCUUGGAUAGAAACCUUCUGAUGUUUCUGAUCAUUGCCGGAUAUGGCACCAUCUUUGUCAUUAUACCGUGGUGUGGAAUUUAUGAGGUUAUGGUCACCGUAUUCAUUGUUAAAGGGUCCUUUGCAGGCGGCUUGGAUACGUGCGGUAACGCUGGACUGGUAACCACGUGGGGAAGCGAGGGAGGCGCCUACUUCAGUGCUUUACAUUUCGCUUUAGCUGCUGGUGCAAUUCUGUCUCCCCUGGUUACUGCUCCUUACGUCAUGUCACCUAGUGAUGACGUACCUAUGAGAACUUUUACCAACAAUGUCAAUUCAACUAAUAUUACUGAUACUCUCAUUGAUAUAAACAGAAAAAGGUUUUUCUUUGUCAUUGACUUUCCCGAUAAUUGUUAUGUGGAUGGAAUCGAAAUUUCUUCGGGUGUUUACAUUUCAAGAAAGAUUGCAUCAAGCCAUCCAAUCAUAACAGACCAGGAACUCACUGUUCUAUCGGGAACUUAA